AUGAUUGAAGGUUUUUGUUGGGUCAAAAAAAAGACUGAACAGAGAUAAAUUUUUUGAGGUUCUUUUCCGCAUAACGAAGUGUCAAGAUAUGCCGCUUUAUCUGUCGCUUUUUUUCUGCUAAAUGACCUGGAGAACCAGAAAAGUUACAUUGCUAAAAAGACGGUCGCAACUGGAAAAUCGAUUUCAACGAGUCUUUCUUCAUCUGGUAAAUAUAUACAUGAAACUUCGAAUUUUUUUUUAAUUUUCGAAUAAAAAAGUGCAGUUUUUGGUUAGGUUUUUUGAACUUGCUGAUUUUCAGAAUUUUGUGAAGGAUAUGGGAGAAAUGAAAUCCCGGUUGCUGUAAAAGUAUCUCCCAAGUCCAAAAAGCGGUCGAAAUUGGACGCGGACAUUAAGGAACCUCGAAAAUUGCGUUCGCGUGCUUGUAAAGGAGCUCUUGUCCAAUAUUUCCCACUUCCGACGAAGGUUUCUCAGAAAAGAGAGAGUGUACGGACUGUAAUUGUUUUUCAGACUGUUGAAAGUCUCACUAAAUUGGUUCUUGUUGUGCAGCGAAAUAAGAAAACGACCUGGCGCGAUGAACAAAAACUUCAACUGGAUAUUAUGCAGUAAGUUCACUUUCAUCUACCGUAAGAAUGUAAUUAUUUGUUAACUUUGAAAAUCUAUUUUCAGACGAGUGAUCUUCGAUAAAAUAGGACGUUUCGAAGCUGUUUCGCACGUUCGUGAGAACUGGAGCCUCAUCGGGGCACACUGUGCUCUCAGUGCUGUGAGUCUGGUGCUGUAUUCUCGUCGAACAGAUCCAUUCAAAGGGUAGGAAGUGAUGAAAUUUGUUUCCAGCCGCGAAAUAAGGCCAAUCACGAGUUAAUACUCAGUUAUACUGUGAACUCGGCCAAACUAUUUGAAGUCCUUCUUGUGAAAGGAGUUGCGGUAUCCUGUCUCUAUUUUUUAUUUUCAAAAUUUUCCUUCUAGGAAAUUUCAACAUAUCCUUCGCAAGUCGUUUACCACAUAAUUGGGAAGUUUCUACUGAAAAUGAAACCUUUUUCGUUCACUUCCAAGCCUUGGAACCAAGCCAAAGAGGUUCUCUUUUCCUUUUUGGACAGAAAUCAUUCUCUCAAGGUUCUUCAAACGUUGCUCUCUACUUUGACGAUUCAAGCUGUCCACUAUAGUCUCGUCGCAACAUUGUCCGAUAUACAGCGAAAGUUAGUUUUAUUAGUCAAACUUUUCAGUGAGAAAAAUGCGAAUCUUCUGUAGUUCAGAAAAUCAUUUGCAGUUGUAUGUCGAAAUUUUUAUAUCUUCAAAAUUCCAAAAGCGCAUGAAAAUAUUCGGAAAAAAGUAUUUUAAGAAUUCACUUCAAAGUCGCGACGCGUUAAGUUAUUUUUUUUUAAGCUGCGUCUUUUAAAAAUAUUAACUCUUAAAUGUUUUCAUUUGUUCGGUUCGUGCACGUUUUCUUGGUUUUGAAGGCUCAUCAGGGUUUGGGCAACGCGACAAACUCAGAAAGACGACAAGUUUUUGAACUACGCCAUCGGACAGCUGUGCGACUUCAUCGCGAUUUCUCAUCGCCGUUUGAGCCAGAUUGAGAAUUCAAAUCGUUUUGGACUAUCUUUUUGA